AUGGGACCCCAGGGGCAGCAGCAGCAGCAGCAAGCCCUGGGGCUCUGCAUCGCCCUGUGCCUGUGGGGCACCGUGGCCCAGACUCCUGGUGUACAAGCUGUUCCCACCCCUGCAGGUACCACUGGGGACUGCAACAACCAUCUGCUGUGCCCAGCAAACGCCACGUGUGUGAACAGCACCCACUGCACCUGCCUGGAUGGAUACCAGCCAACGGGGAAUCACUUCUUCACCGACCCAACAGAGACCUGUGACGAUAUUAACGAGUGUCUGGGGCCGAGCCCGCCAGACUGCGGAGUCAACACUCACUGCACCAACGUGCCUGGGAGUUACUACUGCACCUGCACCGAUGGCUACGAGCCCAGCUCUGGGAAAGCCAACUUCACGCACGCGAGUGAGAACAGCUGCCGGGAUAUUGACGAGUGUCAGGGCCCAAGCCCGGCAGACUGCGGACCCCACGCAAACUGCACCAACACUCCUGGGAGUUACUACUGCACCUGCACUGAUGGCUACGAGCCCCGCGCUGGGAAAGCCAACUUCACGCACGCGAGUGAGAACAGCUGCCACGAGCUCCAAGUCACCAGCAUUAACUCCAGCGCUGAGUUCAAGGGAAUCAAAGAGACGUGCAGGAAUUUCUCUCUGCAGGGAAAGUGGAGCAGCAGAAGCAGCAGUUUUUGCUCUUUCUUUAAUUCAACCUUAGAAAUUUUGAUGUCCACGUUUGGAGACGGGAGUACAGCGUUAUCACUGGAGAACGUGACUCUCCGUUUCAACGCUCUCCUGAACAGCACCUCCCUCUGGGACGGCGGAGACAAGUGGGAGAUGGUGUCGGCCGUGACGGUCCUGCUGCAGAGCGUGGAACGGGCCGCGCUGGCCACUGCGCUCCGGUCUCCGGAGAGGACAACACAGAACGUGACGACAGAGUCUCUGGCUAUCCAGACGCGGCUCGUCACAGGGAACUGCAGCCAACCCAGCGAGGUCUUUACGCUGAGAGCUCACGAGGAGACAAUGGUCGUGCACUGUGAUACCGUCACCGGGGCAGCCAUACAAGCAGGUUUGGGGGCUGCUGCUUUCAUUUCCUACUCCACCCUGGACUCCAUCAUCAGUGCGAGACGUCUCAGAGAUGGAAACCUACCGGCUGGUGUGAAGCUGGAGAAGAGUCACCUCAACUCCAGGGUGGUGAGUGGGGCCAUCGGAGAUGGGAGACCCAUUAACCUCUCCAGCCCCGCAAACUUCACCCUGCGCCACAGACAGGCCAAAAAAGAGGAGGAAGAGGCUCUCUGUGUCUACUGGAAAGUGGUGGCCGAGAGCGGCAGCUGGUCUCCAGACGGCUGCACCACCGUGCACACGAACAGCACUCACACCACCUGCAGCUGUGACCAUCUCUCCAGCUUCGCCGUCCUAAUGGCUCCCACCGCAGUGACGGAGAGUUACCCACUGACCAUCAUCACCUACGUGGGACUGACCCUCUCUCUGCUGUGCCUCUUCCUGGCCAUCCUCACCUUCCUCCUGUGCCGCUCCAUCCGCAACGUCAGCACCUCCCUCCACCUGCAGCUCUGCCUCUGCCUCUUCCUGGCCGACCUGCUCUUCCUCACCCAGGUGACCCGCCCUGGCAGUCAGGUGGCGUGUGCUGUCAUUGCUGGCUUCCUACACUACCUCUUCCUGGCCUGCUUCAGCUGGAUGUUCCUGGAGGGGCUGCACCUCUUCCUCACUGUCAGGAACCUGAAGGUCGUGAAUUACACCAGCGCCAGCCGGUUCAAGAAGAGAUUCAUGUACCCGUUCGGCUACGGAUUCCCAGCCCUGGUGGUGGCUAUUUCUGCAGCGGUGAAUCCUGGUGGCUACGGAACUUCCACACACUGCUGGCUCAGCCUGGACAGAGGCUUUCAUUGGAGCUUCCUGGGACCAGUCUGUGCCAUAAUCCUGAUAAAUAUAACAUUCUUUGCCCUGACCCUGUGGAUCCUGAGAAACAGACUCUCCUCCCUCAAUGCAGAUGUGUCCACCCUCAGAGACCACAGGUUACUGACCUUUAAAGCCAUCGCCCAGCUCUUCAUUCUGGGCUGCUCAUGGAGCCUUGGUCUCCUCCAAGUCGGCCCAGCAGCCACGGUCAUGGCGUAUUUAUUCACCAUCAUCAACAGCCUGCAGGGAGCCUUCAUCUUCCUGGUGCACUGUCUCCUCAAUCACCAGGUGAGACAGGAAUACAGGAGAUGGAUCAAGGGAUUCCGAAUGUUCCGCACGAAAUCUCAGCCAUCCGAUCUGUCCAUGUCUGCUGUCCCCACCACCAGCACCAAGACGGUAAGUGGGAGCUCUGAGGUUCCCUGCUCCCCACGGCAGCUGAGCAGUUGUGGGGGAUCCUACUGCCUGCAGCAGCAGGGAGCUCCAGUUCCCCGCCACCUGCGGCAAGUGGGAGGUCUAGGGUCCCCCACUGCCCAUGAGGGAGGGCUGCUGCAGGGCCUUCUCAUCUCCCACAGCAGCUGA